UCGCAAACCAUAGAAAAUACUACAGUCGAUCGUCACCAUGGCCAAAUCAAAGGUCAAGCAAACAAAGGAGUCCAGGGGGUCGAAGCCGUCCGCCGCUACAGCGAAGCCAGCGUUUGAUCCUGCGCUGAGUUCGUUGUUCGCCAGCAGUCUGGGUCCCUUACAAGUGCCUCCCAAGCAGCGAUAUGGGCAGAAGCUAGAGAACCGCGCAAAGGCGCCCGUUGGGAAAUCAAGUGAAGAGGGGAUCGAGGAUGAGUACGACGAUGACGAGAGCAGUGACGAAGCAGCUGCAGACGAGGAUGAAGAUUCCAGCGACGAAGAGUCCUCCGAGAGAUCAGACGACGGGGCAGAGUUGGCCAAGCUGCGCGAAGCUGCUCUAGCUGGGGAGCACGAUAAGCCUAACAAGAAGCGCAAGCGAGGCGGUCAGGAAGAGAUCGAGGACAAGUUCAUGCGCAAGUUGGCGCGCCAGGAGGAGAAAGAAGAGGAGGAGAGGCAGAAGAAGCGCAAGACAAAGGAGGUAGCAGCCGAGGACGAUGACGAGGACAUGGAAGAUGCAUCAGAGACGUCAGACGCAGCAGAUGCACCGGAAGAAGACGGAGAGAAGUUUGAGAUUCCUCAGCAUGAGUCUCUGGCUAAGACGGAUGGCAAGACCGACGAGGAGCUCGAGAAGGCUGCUCGCACAGUCUUUCUCAGCAACGUUUCAGUCGACUGCAUCAACUCAAAAUCUGCAGAAAAGGCCCUCAAGAAGCACCUCGAAUCUUUCAUUGCUGAUUUGGCCGACGAGAAGCCUCCACACAAGAUCGAGUCGAUCCGUUUCCGCUCCACGGCAUUCUCCAGCUCGCUGCCUAAGCGCGCCGCUUUCGCAAAGAAGGAGAUCAUGGACGCAACCACAAAAUCCACAAACGCCUACGCCGUAUACACUACAAAGACCGCUGCUCGUGAGGCUGUCAAGCGUCUGAACGGAUCAGUUCUGCUCGACCGCCAUCUGCACGUCGACUGGCUUGCGCAUCCUACCAAGGUCGAUAACAGACGAUGUGUCUUCGUUGGCAACCUCCCCUUCGUCGAUGAUGAGAGCAAGGGCGUCGAGCCUGAGGAGGGUAAGAAGAAAAAGAUUCCCGCGGACAUUGAAGAGGGUCUUUGGCAACAGUUCAGCAAGUGCGGCAAGAUCGAGAACGUGCGUGUCAUUCGUGAUGCUCAAACUCGUAUUGGAAAGGGCUUCGCCUACGUGCAGUUCACCGACGAGAACGGUGUCGAAGCAGCACUGCAGCUCAACGAGAAGAAGUUUCCUCCCAUGCUUCCUCGCGUCUUGCGUGUCACACGAUGCAGAGCAGAGAAAAAGAAGGACAAGCCUCGGGGCCCUGCACCAUCCUCAGAACGACCAGGAAAGAAGGGCGCGUAUCAGAAGAAGUUCUCUGCCGAAGAGAAGUCGCAGCAAGGUCGUGCGAAGGCCAUGCUGGGCAAGGGCGGCGCGGCCAAGGUUAGAGAAAGCUUUGUGUUUGAGGGCCACCGUGCAAGUGAGGGUCAAGGGAAGAGUGGCUUGAAGUUCAAGGGCUCAAACAAGAAUGCAGCCAAGAACAAGAAGGGGCCGAACGGAAGGAAGAGCAGGAGUUCAGCAUGGAAGUCGAGCGGAAAAAAGUAAGUGUUCGUGUCUGAUUAGGAUGAUGCGAUCAGAUGAUAGACAUGGCUGAAAGGCUGCUGAAAUGAAGAUACCAUGCAUAGUGUUCAGCACAUCGAAUCAUCACCAAAGGUCUAGGA